UCCCUUCUUUAUUUGAAACAAUAUACUGAAACUAUACGCGCACUUAAGGACUUUUUAAAACGAUACCAAUGUAAAUAUUUUUAUCGUCUGUCGAAGUCAAGAAAAUGACGAGCGCUCUCUUAACACUGUUACUGAUUGGGACUGUCCAUUUUGUCUUGGCCACAGAUAUAAGAGUGAGUCUUGACAACGCCAGGUUCUUCCCUCCCUUUGCUUACUUAAAUAAACUCUAUUUCAUUUCAAGAUUAACAUUCCCGAGUUUCAGUCUGGCCAGGGCAGCGUGCGAGUCUGUUGGAGCCUACGUCGCCGAGAUAGACGGCCAGGCGGAGAUCAUCUUCCUGCAGCUUUACGUCAACCGCACGGACGUGGCCAGGGUGUACAUCUCAGGUACAGACGCCGCCUCUGACGGCAGGUUUAUCUUUCAACGCACUGGGGUGACUCUGAACAUCUUUGACUGGUUCCCUUCGGAGCCGAACAAUUUUAACGGGUUCGAAGAUUGCAUCGAGCUGGUCAAGGAGAGGCAAAGUAGGAUGAAUGACAUUGUCUGCAACAAUCCCUUCGCGAGGCCCAGCGUGCUGUGUGAGAAGGAUUUAUUCUAGCGGAGCUCAAGCAAGACACAGUGGGGAUUUUCAGAAUUAAGUUCAUCACAGUAA